AGAGAAGAAAGAGAGAGACAGAGAGAGAAAGAUGGUUUGGUAGUCGGACAAUGAGAGGUCGAUCAAAGCAACGGAGAAACGACGUGGGUGGACCAUGGUAGGCGGAGUUGAAAGCUCGAGAAAACCUCCAUUUUGUUCGAGGAGGGCGGUCUCGGUGUUCCACCUUCCCCUCUACCAGGUGGUACCACCUUGGGACACGAUCGACCCUCCUCGAGGUGGAGGGAACUCGGACGCGAACAUUGCCGAACAGGAGUUCGCGAUACGCGUGUGCUCGCUGCCGCUUCUCGUAUCCGUUCGUCGCGUGGUUCCGUGGAAUCCGCGGCUUCGCCAUUCUCACCUGUUCCUUCGACCCUUCGUCGACAACUGUCAAGUCGCGCGAUAUUCUCACUUUUUUCCACUCCGUCGAACCGAUAACCGUGAUUCCGUCGGCCGUCGACUUUUUUGGUGAUUCAUCGUGUCGCCGCAAUUCGCAAUAUCGUUCUCGUUCAAAUGUGGAAAUGAAGGGGGAAAAAAAAGGAAUGUGACAGAGAUAUUUGGGGGAGUUUGAUGACGAUGAGAAAAGGAUGUAAUCGACGGAUAGAGGACGGGGUACAGGGAGGAACGAGAGAAGAAAGCGAUGAUCAUUGAUCGAGGUGUUGAUCCGAUUCAAGCGUGGAAUCAGGUGGAUUACGAUAAAUUCGCCUCCUUACGUGAAAUUCUUAUCGAGCGAUAAUCACAAACAGAAGAGGAAAGGUCGAGCGACAAACACGACUCGAUCCCCGAGUUCCAUUGAUAUUAGGUAACGCGUUACACUACGUAUACAAACAUCGUGCACGAAGCAACGAUAUACUGGCAGUACGACACUUCGGUUCUAUCAGUGUGCAAUGUUACGCGCCGCUGUUAACAAUCGCGCCGAGCGUUUCCCAUUAUUCUUAUUCCAUGUUUCGCGGGAUUCUCAAGAGGAUAUGGAUUCAACGGAAUUUCCGAGGAUAGUACAAUUUUCGAGAUGGAGCAACAGAUUUGCGAGAAUCGAAAUCGGAAUGUGCAAAUUCGGCGAGUCGCAAAAUCUAGUUGAAUCGAACUGAAUUGAUUACGCUUCAAUGUAGGAUAAAUAUCAAAUUUCCCGUGUACUCGAUCAAAAGGAGAUCGAUAAGAGAAUUUGAUAUUUCAUUGAAAACGCGAUAAGAAGAGCACAUGGUCGAUUCGUAUCGCUCGUGGCGACCACGUUUCGAGUUUGCGUUUUCGCACACGCGAAACCAAUUUGUCGAAAUCGCGAAGUUGACCAACCGUUGCAAACGAACCGUCGAACCUCCGCCGAACAUUCGCCACGAGCUCUUCAACUGUGUCUCAGAACGACAAAUGUCUCUCCACGAAUCUUGUCUUCUUACGAACAAUCUCUCAAGUUCUCCUCGGGCACGAGAAGUCUUCGAGCCACGGAAAGGAGUAGAGCGAUAUUAUUUUUAGACUCGGCGAUAACGAAGUAACGAUACCAAUCGCUAAAGAUCAUCGAUUACGGGGUGUUUGCGAUGCGGACCGACAGAAGAACGGUGAAAUAUCGGCGUACGUUGUGAAAGGGACGUCCGUACAUGCCUCUGUCCUUCCCUUCGUCGCGAUUCGACCAGUGAAAACACGCGCGGCGGCCAACGAUGGAUCUCAGCACGACGCCGAGAAGAAUAACGGAGGGUGUGGCAGACCUUCAGAAGACCCGCGUCGCGAAAAGCGUCUUCAGUAUCCGGAGUUUGGUCGAUGUCGGGGACACGGAUCUUUCCGAGGUCGAAGACAACGAGAAGAUACAAAAUCAUUCGAUACGAGGAGGAGGAGGAGGCGGGGGCGAGCAAGCUGUCCCGCAGACAAGUCCCGCGAGCAGCACGAGCAGCUCGAGCCAGGUGAAUCAGGUGAGCCUACAACAGGUGAGCCAGCAAGCUCACCAACAACCGCCACCUACCACGACAACACCUCAAUCGACUCAAAUGGGAAUCUCUACGGAAGAGGUGAGAGCCGAGGAAGAGAGCAACCACCCUAGAGCAGCGCCGACCAGCCCUGAAAGCGAGACCGAGGUCGACGACUUCGCACCGAAAAGGAAACAGCGCAGAUAUAGGACUACCUUCACCAGCUUCCAAUUGGAGGAACUCGAGAAAGCUUUCUCGAGAACUCAUUAUCCCGACGUGUUCACCAGAGAGGAAUUAGCUAUGAAGAUCGGUCUUACAGAAGCACGGAUACAGGUUUGGUUUCAGAAUCGACGCGCAAAGUGGCGGAAACAGGAGAAGGUCGGGCCCCAGGCACAUCCGUACAAUCCGUACUUGGGAUCGAGUGCGCCACCAGCGUCGGCGGUCGUCGCGCCGACCUUGCCCAACCCUUUCGCCCACCUGGGCACGUUUGCCCUCCGGAAACCGUUCGACGCGUUUCGUUACCCACCUCUGGGUCACGGGCCGGUCCUCCCCGGUAGUUACACCGCUCAUCCCUAUCAUCGCGCGCCGCCACCUUUGCUGCCACCCGGGAUGCCCCUGCCUUACACGUCGGCGGCGUCCUUUCAAAGCCUGUUGGCCAACAUAUCCGCGGCCCAGAGGCCGAAAUUGGUCCGCGGCUCGCCGCCACCCCCGCCUCCGCCGGCGCCCGCGAUCGGCCUGCCGCAUCCGCAAGUCCCGCCGCCCCCGCCGACCGCCAGCUCGCCCCAAGGCUCGCCCACGGCCACCGUAGGGCUGCCCGACAUCGACAGACGAACCAACAGCAUCGCCUCCCUCAGACUCAAGGCCAGGGAGUACGAGCUACACCUCGAGAUGCUUCGCAAGAACGGGGAUCUCAUCAGCUGAAGAGUUUAGUUAUCUUAGAUUUAGAAAAUGUUCGCUCGCUUACUUAGAUUUCACCUUACGUUUUACCGGCUCCUCUCCGCGUCCAUUCGAUCGUGACCUCUUCUCGUCGAAAAAUCAAUCAUGUUCUUUCCUUUCGUGUAUAACGUAAUGACAAAACUGGAGCCGCGAGGGAAUACGUUCAUCGUGGAUUUCGAACUUUCCACCUCGUCGACGACGAAGACGCGAGCGAACAAUAACUCUCUAUUCUUCGUCGUUGUUCGAGGGAAUGGGUACGUCAGCGUGAUGAUUACGCAUCGACCGAUAUCGAUUGUAAAUGCGGGCCUUCUUAAGUCCGCAUAUUUUGUAUGUUUCGUACAAGAUACGAACCAAAGAACUCGCUUCGAAGUGGUUGAACACUUUGUACCGUUAAUCGCGCGUACGCGAAGGAAGGUUGAGAAUUGUAGUUAUCCUUCUUUCUGUGAUCACUUGUGCCUUUGUUACUUAAUAUAUAAUACGUUAGAGACAACUCUGGCUCGAUUCUUUCUCUCGAAUCGCGUAUCGACGAUCAUCGAUUAUAUGGUUAUAAGACGAUCGAUGUAAAUCGUAUACGAAUCGUUUACCGAUCGCCUCGAUCGAUCAUCGCCGUUUACGGAAUUCGAAGAUUCUCGAGCGACUUUAGGCAACGUGUUUUUUGCGAAAGAUGUUUCUUGCAACUGUACACACAUACACACACGUACACACGCAUACACACACAUACACGCGCACACACUCGUGUUAUAAACCAACGAUUCCGUGCGUCAUGUCCACGUUGACAACUUCGGCGACCAUUUAAGAAACGCACAAUUAGUGCACGAGUUUUUUCGGUGGAUGUUAGAAGUGUCAUCGCUCUUUUGCGUGGAUCGUGACCCGAUGAAUCACUUUGGUGACAGUUUUUACAAUGUCGUUCGUUACAAGGGAAACAACGAUAUACCUGUCCGUGUACAAACGAGUUUCUUUCGACCUUCCUCUUAAUAGAAGAACCUUCCUCGUUCCACAAUACGAAUUCUGCGUUUAAACGAUUGCGAGAAAACAAGGAAUUAAGCGAAUAUAUUUCUUCGUAUACAAUUUGUUGUAUAUAAUUUAGAUUUAACGAGAGGCGAGAUACGAACGGACUGUAAUAAAUAUAUAAUACUUACAUGUUCGCGUAAAAAAUUUUCGGAAUAUUUUUCAAAUUUGUUUUUUCCCGUCGAAAAUUCACGAAAUUUCCCGCGGAUACAUAACAUAUUUGCCGAAAGUAUUAUUUAUUCGCGAGAAACGGACACGGUCAUGAAUUUUCAUGGAAUUGUUUGAAGAAAAAUUGCAACUGUAAUGACACACAACGACACAAAUUUUUGUAUAAAUUUGAAAAAAUAAUCCGAAAACACGGAUCAUCAGCAAGCAUGUUGGCGAAUCGUGAACCACUAGAAUCGUCUACUAUUAAUUAUUAUGUAUAGUAGGAUUAUCUUUAAGGAAACAUCAUCGAAAGAUGUCCGUCCAGAAGAAAGCAUUGCGAUAAAAAAAAUUUGCUCUCGAGUAACAUUUUUUUUAAUUUUUAUUGUAAAUAUGAAGAAUUUCUUAUUUAGAAAAAAAGAAGAAAAACAAAAAAAAAGAAAAAAAAAUCGAGAAAAUGUAAUGUCAAACGUGAGUUGAAAGAUUUUUUUAAACAAAAAUCAUCAUCCGUCGAGAUUAUUUAAUAGAUGACCCAAUAAUGAAACGAGGACAGCUCGUGUGAUUCGAUUACUUUUACACAGACACGUUAUACGCAAUUUAGAUAAGAGAAAGUAUUUAUAUACGGCGUUCAUUGAUUCUUGGAUGUUCAUAUAUUAUAAGUUUUACGACUGUAUAAGCAUAUUUAGCGUGUAAGUUGGCUGUAAAUAAUUAACGACGUAUGCGUAACUUUGUUGAAGAGAUCUUAUCCAAGUACAUAUCCGAUUGUGUGCAUCGUACGACAAUAUUAUGAAUGUUUUUCUCGAAAGAACCCUCGCUUUUCAAACGGAAUAACGUUGCACGUAUUCGUCGAUAUCACGCGAGAAGGAACGUUACGAUUUUUAAAAAAAAUCCAUUUCUAUUAAAAAAAAAUGAACAAGUAAGAGACGAUCAAAAUUUUCUGAAUUCUAAAAAUUUAUACGAUUUUGUUUCAAGGAUCUCGAACAAAACGAAGAGAAUGCAGCGUCGUCGAACAAUAUCACGUCCCAUUUUCCACGAGUAAAACGAGCAUUGGGUGUCCAUUGUACUUGAUUUCAUUCACCCUUUUUACCUUCCUCUUUUUACGACGAAUAAAAUCAUUGCAAAGAAGAAAGAAAAAGAUAAAGCGGGGGAAAAAAGAAAGAAAACAAAAAAGAGA